UCUUUUCCUUUCCUUCCCUAGAAUCAAGCAACGUUCAUUUUUGUUUGUUUUGUUUUUAUAGACCAAAUUCCUGGGUCCACUGAUAGAAUCUUAUUUCAUAGCGCUCUCCUAAGUAAAAAGGUUUUUGUUUUGUUUUGUUUUGUUUUGUUUUGUUUUGUUUUUAAGCAAGUUAAUAUUUAAUUUACUGUUAGUUUCAUUUGUAAGUCAAACUGGUUGACUUAUGAACCUUCAGAGAGACUCGGGAACACUGAUAGGUUGCUCACCCUGAAUUUCUUCUUCCCAGAGCUUGGAAAAAGUCCUAGGAGGUAUUAGGAAGGAUCAGAAGCUCAUGUUCUCAUAUCUACAGCCCUGGUGGUGUGGAGAGCGGGCAGUGGCCGUGCGGAUGUAGGGGACCCAAGGUGAUUGCCAGGCCCUGCAUUAGCUCUCAUGUCCUUGCAACUUUAAACAAAAUAUACAGAGAAAGAGAAGUUAUCUUUUGUUUGCUAAAACAAUGAAAUACAGGUUAUAGCCUUAAAAAAAUGUUGAGGCUAUAUAUAUAUAUAUUUUUUUUUUUUUUGAGGAAAAAAGAGGGAGGGGGGGGAAGAGAGAGGAGGAGGAGAGAGGGAGCCAGGAAGGUCAAUCUCACUGUGUAGGGCUACUUGAACUUGAGAUCCUCCUGCCUCAGCCUCCCCAGUGCUGGGACUGCAGAUAUGCACUACCAUGCCGUGCUUCCUGCCUCCCCCUCCCCAACAAUUCCUAAGAAUUUUGGACUAAAGCUAGCAUAGCUGUCUUUGAUCUUCUGGUGGGAUCCCACCCUGAACCAUGAGUAUCGGGUAGUUCAACUCUUAUGGUUGCUGAACAUUUAUUAAGCAACUCUUAGACAACAAUGCCGAGGUACUGGAGGUUCUGUGGCUGCCCUUGUGACAUACAGUCAGUAGAACAAAACCCAAGUACUAUGGGAUCCAAAAGCAGGAAGGCUGGAAGCUAUGAGGAAGCAAGACAUGGCUGAGCUAUGAGGGACUGCCUCUCUAUCCGAUGGUUCUUCAGCUGGAGCUCUUACGUUCCUGUGAGGCUAUGAGGACUAGCUUAAACAAUGUAAACCAGACUCAUAGAAAUGAGAUAGGAAUGACGACCCCUCACUCGAUAGCACGACUCCUCUCCGUCCUUCAGAUCUGAGUUGAAAACGCCUUUCUUCCAGGAAGCCUUCCCUGUACUUUCUGAAUAAGGAAAAGGAGCCUUAUGGGAUUCUAGCUCAGAGCGUUUGGGGUCAGGGGAGUUGAAGAUUCCUGCUCAUCUAGGAUUUUGUGUGAUAGGAGCUGUUCUCUGCUAUCUGAUCCCUAUCAAGGCUUUCACUGUACAAAGAACCAACAGUGCCUGGUGCUCAAGGACUGUACCAGUUCAUUUCCGAGAUGCUAGGAGCAAAAUAAAGUCAACUCUGGGUCAAGAGGGGAAGUAAGUGACCAACCGAUGGAGAAUAAAGAAGGCACAGUAACGUCUCCUGUGGGAAAGAGAACCAGCUUCCUUGUGGUGACUCCACAGCAGAUCGUUGUGUGGAAGGACUAGGGACCAGAGGGCCACUGUCUACAUUUCAUAUCAGCACACACAAUCAGUUCUAAGAGUCCAUGUUGAUCUUGCAAGUAGAAGGAUUUAAAAGAGAGAAGUUCCCACGGAAACCAAGAACCUUACCAUCUCCUUUAGCUCCGAAGGCUGGCGGACAAUGGAUAUCAUAGAGACAGCAAAACUUGAAGGUCAUUUGGAAAGUCAAGCCAACGACUCUACCAACACUUACACGAGCCCCACUGAAGCUGUAGAAGAAGAGGGCAAAAAUGGCAAGGGCAAACCCAAGACCUUAUCCAAUGGGUUACGAAAGGGUGCCAAAAAAUACCCGGACUACAUCCAGAUUUCCAUGCCCAAUGACUCCAGGAACAAGUUUCCCCUAGAGUGGUGGAAAACAGGCAUCGCCUUUGUGUAUGCUCUCUUCAACCUUAUCCUGACAACAGUCAUGAUCACCGUUGUGCAUGAGAGGGUCCCUCCCAAGGAGCUCAGCCCUCCACUCCCAGACAAGUUUUUUGAUUAUGUCGACCGGGUCAACUGGGCAUUUUCUGUAUCAGAAAUAAACGGGAUGGUAUUAGUUGGGUUAUGGACCACCCAGUGGCUCUUUCUGAGAUACAAGUCAAUAGUGGGGCGCAGAUUCUUCUUCAUCAUAGGGACUUUAUACCUGUACCGCUGUAUAACCAUGUACGUCACAACGUUACCUGUGCCGGGAAUGCACUUCCAGUGUGCUCCAAAGCUCAAUGGAGACUCUCAGGCAAAAAUACAACGGAUUCUCCGGCUGAUUUCUGGCGGUGGAUUGUCUAUCACGGGAUCACACAUCCUGUGUGGAGACUUCCUCUUCAGCGGUCAUACUGUUGUGCUGACACUUACUUACUUGUUCAUCAAAGAAUAUUCGCCUCGUCACUUCUGGUGGUAUCACCUAGUCUGCUGGCUGCUGAGCGCUGCUGGAAUCGUCUGCAUUCUCGUAGCGCAUGAACACUAUACUGUCGAUGUCAUCAUCGCUUAUUAUAUCACAACACGGUUGUUCUGGUGGUACCAUUCCAUGGCCAACGAAAAGAACUUGAAGGUCUCUUCCCAGACGAAUUUCUUGUCUCGGGCUUGGUGGUUCCCCAUCUUCUAUUUUUUUGAGAAGAAUGUGCAAGGCUCCAUUCCUUGCUGCUUUUCCUGGCCGCUGUCCUGGCCUCCUGGCUGCUUCAAAUCAUCCUGCAAAAAGUAUUCACGGGUCCAGAAGAUUGGGGAGGAUAAUGAGAAGUCUACCUGAGCUGCUGACCCAGCAGCCACUUUUACACCAAAAGAGUCCGUGCUGUAACCAAAGGCGCAGCUUUAUAUUUAUUUUCAGAGAACUGACUGGUAAAAUGAAGUGGACCAAAUUUUAUGCAAAAGAUUGGAGCGAUGAAGUAUUACCUUUUGGCUUUUUUUUAUUCAUCCCAAGAAACAUAUAUUUUCCUGCAGCAGUUCAUUCAUUGAUGACAAAGCCCCCGAGCUGGAGUUCUGAAGAGGUGGCCACGACCAUGCUAAGCCUCUCACUUGCUCGCCUUCCUUCACGUCCACGUUCUUUCCAGAUUGCUUUUUUUCUCCCUUCAAGGUCAGAAGAGUUUGCUAACGUUUUGAAUAAAAUGUCUGGAUAUAUAUAGCCACUGUGUAAAUACAGUCAGUUGAUGGCAGCGGGCUUGCACCAAGGAGCUUAGUAAGGGCAACCCACAGGUGGGUCAAGUAAUUAGGAUCCCCGACCCCCCACCCCAAGCACUAUGCAUGACUUUUACUUUUUUUUUAACCUGGUAAUUUUAGUUUUUAAAGAAAGAGUAUUGCAAGGGCAUGUGAAAGUGACACACCCAUGGAUUAUUCCCCCACCCACUCCCUGUGUGGGGAUUUUUUCACUUUCAAGUAUCUGUGGCAGAUACCUAGGAAGCACUGGGCUUUUUCUGCUACACACAUUAGAUGUUGCCCGCCUGGAGCACGAGGCUUGUUAACCGCACCAGUACAGGCUGAAAACAUACAUGUGAACAUAAGCUCACAUCGGAGAACAAGCUUGCGCUCCCUCGCUGGCUUGGGCCCUGCCGUGGUGUGUUUCUUAUUGGAAACAUUUAGGCACCUUCCAUGAAAAUAGUUUUUCUUUUUUGUUAAUAUCUUGCAUCGCAGGAAAUGCAAGAUGGAUCCUGAAGGUUUACUGUUUUCCCUGCCUUUCAUCAAGAUCCUCCUGAAGGGCUCCUUAGGUCACACCACCACUGAGCGAUUCACGUCACCCUGUGCACAUAACACAUGGUGCUGCCCUUGAACAUGCCCCUGGCAUCAGCUCUCAACUAUAGCCACAUAGGAAUGGGGGACAACUGUAUCUUAAUGUGAAAAGAUGGGUCUCUAAGAUCUGAUGGAUUUAAGAACAUCUGAUUCCGUUAGAACGUUACUCAGUGCUGGGACAUCGUAGUCCUUGCCUUGAUUGAUAUCCACUGGAAGAUUAGUUUGUGGAACUUCUAGAAAAAGUUCUAAGGUUUCACAGCAUAGAUGCAGAGGGAGGAGAGAGCCAGUGGAAGAGGCGGUUCCAUUCACAUGGGUAUGGGAUAGAGAACAUCCCUGAGUUCAUCCCUGUAAGCUAGUCAGCCUUGAUUAUUCAGAAUUAAACUUUAAAUUGCUUGGAGGAAAAAAGCACAAGACAGAUCUGUUCAGAAGGGCCACUGUCUUCUGGUGCUAUAAUUCUGUGUAUGUGUUUCAGAGCGUCUCUUUUUCUGUGUUACUGGGCAGGUAAAGGACAGGGCGCUAAAUCCAAAGACACUAGAGUAAGAUUUAAAUCUGGCUAGCCUCACGAGAGCAGAGACCCUAAACAUCUUUGGCAGACUUUGAAAUGCAGGGAUUUUUCUUUCUAGUAUUUUUAUCAAGUAAGCCAAUAAUAAAUGCAUACCCAGUUUACCUUGUACUAGACAAUUCUGUACAACUUCUCACGUGUUCAUCUCCUCAGCUUUGUGUUGGAACAACAUGUUUUGCUCCGAACACUAGUUUACCUCCUGGGUCUGAUUAAGAGAGAAUCAUUUGGUGAUGAAGCCUGGGCUUUGCUCUGUGAGUCUCUCAUUGAAACAAAACACCCGAGAGCCUUAUCCAGCUGUGGCUAGGAGUCUCCACGGUUCUUCAACCAAGGAAAAUGCUUAAACAUUAGUACAUUUUAUGUUGAUUGUUGGGAACCCUUCAAACAGUAAACCUUGCAUUUAGUCAAGUAAACCAGG